CAAAUCGCGCUAACUCACACGUGAGGUUUGCUAGUCGGAACAAAUUCUAUUUUUAUUAGCACCUGGCAACAUGUACACAUCGAAGUUUAAAGGCCUCUUACUUUGUGUGACACGGAUGAAUCGAUAAGAUGGCGUUGAAAUAACACGGGAUUUUUUUUUAUUAUUUAGAAUGAUUCUUCAGUAUAUCAAAAAUGUCUACAUCACAUUUUCAGAUAGUGGGCAUCAGCAUCCAAGGGUCAAGACAGGGUCUGCUCUUGCAAAAGCCGGGCUGAAAAAAAUUGUCUUGAAGAAAGUAAUGUCUUCCCUACAGCGAACCCCCACCUUACCCCCAGGUACCAAGCCCUUAGAUAAUCAGGUGGCAGGCCACCAAAACACAGAGGGCAAAAUAGGGUGCUUACUACAUGAGGAUGGGACAAUAUUAAAGCCGGUGCAGUGUCCCCCCAAAGGUCAGAGGGAGGUGGAGUUUUACCAGGAACUGUUCUCCGAACAAAAGUCCGAUGAUAAAGUGCUGCUACAAUUACGUGACCUUGUGCCAAAAUUCCAUGGAUUGGUACAUUCUCCAAAAGAAUCUGAUGCUCGCUUUAUGAAACUGGAAAACUUACUUUUGGACAUGAAGCAUCCAUGUGUUCUGGACAUUAAGAUGGGGAGGAAAACGUAUGACCCCCAGGCCUCGCAAGAGAAAAUGGCCCUAGAAAUUGCCAAGUUUCCUCCAGCACAGAACAUUGGGUACCAGAUCUCUGGAAUGCAGACGUAUAGUCCAAGCACUGGAAAAUCACAAAAGUUUGACAAGUACUUCUGCAAAAACUUGAAUGAAGAAACUAUUGUUUUUAAAGGGUUUGGAAAAUUCUUCUCCCUAGAUGGCGUUUUGCAAAAGGAAGUGAUAAAAGCUGUGAUAGUGAGGCUGAAGGAAAUUUUAGAGUGGUUCAAUAAGCAGCGGACCUUUCACUUUUUCGCCAGUUCCAUAUUAAUUGUGUUCGACGGCGAUGUGAACUCUCCCCUAUCAUCUAAAUCGCCCUCGUCUUCCGCCGGUCUCAAGGGGAGCGUCGCCGAUAACUGCUGUAACGGCGAUACAGACUCCAUUAUUGAAAAUGAUUUCUCCGAUGUGAUCUCCAGUGAUUUUGUGGAUUUAGUGACGGACGGUCGGUCUGAAUCUGUUCAUCCUAAAGUUCAAGUGCGUAUGAUAGACUUCGCUCAUGUUUACCAUAUGCCGGAGGAGGAUGAAAAUUAUGUUUUUGGAUUGAAACAUUUGAUUGAUGAUUUACAUCGAUUGUUAAACAGUUAGUAAAGCAUUAUCUGUUAAGGCAUUUUUAUUUAUGAGAAUUUUAAGGCUGUAGUGUUUUCACACAUCUGUGAAGGUUGUUGAUGUUUAUUUUGUUAUAAAUGAUCUUACAAUUAUAUAACGAGACUUACUGAGCAAAAGUAUGAUAGAACAAUAAUGAUGGAACAAAUAUCAAAAGUGUGAGAAUAAUAUGUAUUUUAGAAUGAAAAUAUCCCUUUGUCAGCUAUGGUGCAAAAAUUCUUGAAUGUUUUAUAUCUGUGUUAGGAAAUGAAAUGUGUUAAUUGUGCUAUAAAUAAUUAUUGUUUGUUGUAGUACUCUCCGAUUUCAAAAGUAGGUGCUCCGUGUUUUCUUGUUUCUUAUUUUUCCUGUAUUUUUCUGAAGGCUUUUAAUAGAUCUUUUGAAUCAUUCCAAGUAGUGCAAAUUGAGUUCUGUAUUUGUAUAAAAUAAUUUCAUGUCAUAUGCCUUUCAUAACUUCCACUUUGAACAGCUUUUAAAAGUCAGAGUAAUUAUUUUUCAUACUUGAAAAGAAUUGUUUAUCAACAGAGUAGCUCUAUAACACUUUGUGCCUUUUCUUUCAAAAGUAUUUCAAUGCAUAUUCUGUAAGAAAGGUAAUUUAAUAGCUACCCACCCAAGUUUUGAAUCAUGAUUUUGCUUAGAAUUAAUAUGGUAACGCUCUCUAAAAAUAAAUUUUGGUGAGAUGUUCUUAUUGCUAGAUGACCUGAGCUUAAGUGCAUUCUUAUAAAUACCAUUUGCCUUGCAUCCACCUUCUUAAGAACCACAUAAGAAAUAUUAAUGUGCAAUCAUUUCUAAGUUGUUUUGAUUCAUUUUUUGACCCAAAAACAAUGAAUCUUAGUAAAAGAAGGCUAAAAUCUGGAUCAAAUUUUAACUAAUGCAUGUAUAAAUGAAAGAUUUUAUUCUCCUUAAUUAACUGCAAAGCCAUGGUGUGGACCAUGAUUAAAUAGGGUGGGACCAUUAUAUCCCAUGGGAUCACAAUUAUUUAUGUUAAAAGAUAAAAAUCUUUCUUCUAGAUCAGCAGGGUUAGUUACUCAGGUGAGCAUUGAUAAUGUGGCUCAUGGGUCUCUGUGUAUCGAUUAGAUUCCAUUUUGUCAAUACUUCCAAGGUCAUUUCCUUGUAAUAUAUAACAUACAUGUAUGUAAAUAUUUAUUAUAUACUUCAUACAAUUGUUCAUUUUCAGUAAGGGGAUACGAAGCUAAAAUUUAUCAUGCUUAAAAUUAAGGAACAGUAUUAAUAUAGAUCAUGUAUAACCAUGCAUACUGUGGCUUUCCACUGGAAUGUACCCUGAACCUCAGUUAACAUCAUGUAUGAAUCUAAGGUCAAGGCCAUUCUUAAUUUGUUAUUUAAAAUAAAUCUUCCUUUGUCAUGAAAGCAAUUUUUUUCUUUAGGUAUAUCAAUGUCAACGAUAUGUAGACACCUACAUUAUAGAAAGCUAUGGUAUUACCUUUCAUGAUAAACAUACACCUCAACAACCCCCGUCAAUUAUUAUAGCUUUUACUUAUAAAUGGAAACCAAUGCUUGUUUUGUCCAUAAAAUAGCUAUAAUCUAAGGUUACUAUAUAUUUAUAUAUUUAAUAUCCCAUUGUCAUAGGAUACAGUAACUGGAUUCAAAUUGAAAGUUGUAUAUGUCUUAUGUUUUUCUUCUGUUUGAUAAAAAAAGCCCAUUAGUAUAUAUAAUUGUAGAUUCAUCAGUAAAUUCUCAUAUUAUCACUUUUCAUUAUUUUCACCAGUUCACUGCUUAAAGAAAUAUGUUUAUUAAUAAGUUUCAAGGAUAUAUGGUGCAUAAAUACAAGUCCAGCAUUGCAAUUUGUUCUGUGUUUUGACGUACUGUGUGCAUUAAGUUGCAGUCAUUUUCUGUUCUCAUUUACGAACUACUAAGUAUCAUAGUAAAUAUUCAUUGUUAUUUACAAUAUCUUAAAUGGAAUUUUUCCAAGUGAAACAUUGAUAUAUAUUUUUUUGUCUUCUUGAGCACGAUGAAAAGUCUAUUCUGAAAAAUGAAGCAUCAAAUUUUAAUGUUUUCCUUAGUGGAUUUACUAAUAAAAUUAAAUAUUUUGGCAUGCUGGUAUAUUAUUAUAUUGGUAUUAUAGUAAACUACUGGUUUCUUUUUUUUUUUUUUACUAUCUUGCAUUUUUAAUAUGUGCCAAAUGACUUUUAUAGUAUAAUGUUUCAAUUAUUAACUGACUUUUUUCAAAAGCAAAUGUUUGAAACCUUCAUAUUUGUACAUUGUCUUGUUUUUACAAGAAUUUUUCCAUGAUUUGAAUGACCUUUAUUUACUGCCCUUUUCUCUCUCUUAUUUAUGUUGGUGGUUGAAAUAAGAAUAUUCUCUCACUUAUUUAUUGCACCAUUUUAAUGGCAGACAUUUGCAUCUAUUUAACUUGAGGGUAUUUCUGGUAGAUGAAUGUUGUCAAAGAAAAUUUAAAUUGUUCUAUAGAAGCAUUAAGAGCCAUUCAACACACCAGUUUGUAUUUUUGUAAUCCAAUUUUUAUACACGGUGUAUUUGAAGUGUUAUUGGUUACUCUCAGACCAGUGUCAUACAACUUUUACAUAACAAAUAAAAACUAUUUUUAACUAA